GUAAUGUAGCUCCGCAGCUGACCGAGCUAGAUAGCAGAUAGCAGCCAACCCCCCGAGCUCUCCCAGCUCUCUCAGCUCUCUGAACCUUCUUCACUCACCUUCACUCACCUUCACCACAUAUACCUACCAUACCAUACUACUAUACCCAUCCACGACCAUGCACGCCCAGCACCUCCUCCUGUUGCUCACGCUCUUCGCGCCCGCCGUCCUCGGCUGGGGGAUGUUAGGGCACCGGACGACGGCGCUGUUGGCGUCGCGCUUCCUGCACCGGGACGCGGCACGGGAGAUCCGGCAGAUCCUGAAGCCGCAGUCGAUGGUGACGGCGUCGACGUGGGCGGACUACUACGCGCACACGGCGGAGGGGCGGUUCUCGGCGCCGUGGCACUGGAUCGACGCGAAGGACGCGCCGCCGCAUGCCUGCGGCAUAGACUUUUCGCGCGACUGUGGCGGCGCCCAGGGAUGCAUCGUCUCUGCCAUCGCGAAUCAUACCCAGAGAGUCGUCGAUACCCACCUCGACUGGGCCGAGAGGCAGAAGAGUCUGAGAUGGGUUAUUCAUUUCUUAGGUGAUAUCCAUCAGCCCCUCCACACCGAGGACCUCCUGCGUGGCGGCAACAGCAUCCACGUAGGCUUCGACGGGCACGACACGAACCUCCACCACGUGUGGGACAGUGCGAUCCCCGAGAAGCUUCGGGGCGGAAACUCGAUCCGCCACGCCGUUACCUGGUCAGACGAUCUCUACGAGGAGAUUGUCAACGGACGCUGGUCGAAUGCGACAGAACGACAGCAGCUGUGGGGCGCGUGUCUCGACAUAUCCAAGGGCACCGAGUGCGCCCUCUCGUGGGCCGUCGAGACCAACAAGAUUAUGUGCGACUAUGUGCUCCCUGGCACGUACCCCAAGGGAUUCGACGGAAUGGAGCUGAAUGGCACGUAUUAUGAAGGUGCGACACAGAUUGUCGAGAAGCAGGUGGCGAUCGCCGGGUUCAGGAUGGCGGGUUGGUUGAAUGCCAUGUUUGUGGGGCACGAUAUGAUGGAGGAGAUGAUUAAGCAGAGUCAGCAAGAGGAUGAGAGGGUGUGGGAGGUCCAGGCCGACGAGCUGUAAACGACACGGCAUUUUGUAUGAGCUUUACGCGACGAACUGUUUUUGGGUUCUGUUUUGGCUUCGGUUAUGAUGGUUUGAUUUAUGUUGAGAUAAUCUUAGAUUGCGGAUAUCCAGUUUGUAUGAUAUGUAUGGUAUUUGAGAUUUCGCUUCUCCGCUUCUCCACGUCUUCAUUGAUGGUGCGGACCACAGAUGGCCGAUGUGCGAGAUGACCGAUGCUUGAGAUGGCCUACGCGCAUGUGCUAGCGCUGCCUGGCGAAG